AUCCAAACCAAGUCGAGGCAGACAAACUAAGAUGGCGGACGGAGUGGAAAUAUUUUCGUCUGCAGAGAAAGGAAGGGGCCUUUGUGCCACCAAAGUCUUCAAACCGGGGAACUUAGUGCGGGCAGCCGACCCCUACGCCUAUGUCCUCUGUAACAGCGAGAGAGGAAAGCGCUGUGACUUUUGCUUUGCAAGAAAAGAUGACAUGUCCAGAUGCUCUGGCUGUAAGUUUGCCAGAUACUGUGAUGGGAAAUGCCAGAAAGCAGCCUGGACGGAACACAAGUCUGAGUGCAAGUCCAUCAAGACAGUCAAGCCAGAGACACCGACAGACAGUAUCAGGCUCAUUGCACGCAUCAUCAACAAAACUAAAACAGACAGCCCUGGUGUACCAGGAAACUCCAUUGAUGAGCUGCAGUCAAAUCUGCGAGAGAUGCCUGAGAAUGUGAAGGAGAUGUUUGCCCAGCUGGCUGUGGUACUGAGGAUGUACGUAGGGAAGGAUGUCAUGGACGAUGCCAGGGAGAUCUUUGAGCUCUUUGGCAGGAUGACGUGCAACACCUUCUCCAUCUGUGAUCCUGAGAUGCAGUACAUUGGUAUUGGUAUAUAUCCAAAAAUGUCCCUGUUCAACCACUCCUGUGAGCCCAACUGUGUUGCUGUGUUUAAUGGACUGAGAAUGGAGGUACGGGCUAUCCAGAACAUACAGCCAGGAGAGGAGUUACUGAUCAGCUAUGUUGAGAUGCUGGCCAUGUCGUCAGUCAGGAAACAGCAGCUGCUACAGCAGUACUACUUCACCUGCAAGUGUCCCAGGUGUCAGGACCAGACAAAGGAUGGCAUGAUGAUGGCUGUCAAAUGUGGGAAUAUCAACUGCAAGAAAGUCAUCAUCCAAGUUGACGGUGCCUAUGAGACCUGUAAGGUGUGUUGCCAUGACAAUGAGAAGGACCCAAAGUUCUGGAAGGAGGUGAACAAGGUUACCCAGUUUUCUGAGGAGAUGUUGGCUGCCAUCACAAGUGCAGACCAGAGACAAGAACCUAAGGAAGGUCUGAGGUUAGCAGAAAGACUGUUGGAGAGACAACAGCAGGUGUUACACAACAAUCACCUGUUUGUGCUGAAGUGUCUGGAUAAGGCCCUGGACCAGGCUGUCGUCCUGCGAAAGUGGAACAGGGCGCUCCGAUGUGCGCUGCAGACUAUCGAACCGUACAAGGUCCACUUCCCAGCCUACCACCCCAGUCUGGGUAUCCAGUACAUGAGGAUUGGUAAACUGCUGUUGUACCUGGAGAAAAGACUGGCUGCACUGGAGGCACUACAGAUGGCUGAACACAUCCUGAAUGUGACCCAUGGUAAGGACCACCCCAUAAACAAGGAGCUGGGAGACCUGCUGACACAGUGUAUGGACGAGAUGAGAAUGUACCAGGCACAGAAGAAGAAGUGAACCAAGCUGUUAUAGUGUAGGGACACUGCUUAUUAGGGUAUGGUCCAGGGUUCUAGCCAGCGCCCGUCCUUCCGUCCAUUGACGGAAUUUGCCGCUGGGAACAAACAAAAAUUUUGCCCAUUCUGUCCUAUGUGAUGUGAUAGACAAUAAAUGGCCUGUAAAAGAUUGAACCAAGCUGAGUCUACCAUAAAAAAUUGCCUCUCAUAAUAAAUGUAAUAGCAUUUCAGAGGGUUGAGAUUUCAAAAUUUCCCUGAGGAGCAUACCCUCAGACCCCCCCUAGGAUCGUCGCGCCUUCGACAGGAUUUCCAUUCAAAAUCAAGGGGACGGAAAAAAUUUCAGUCUGGCUAGAACACUGGUAUGGUCGCGACCGUCGAAUUUUGACGCUGUAUUACAGUGUAUACAUGUAGUAUUUUCAAACAGGCUGUGACAGAAACAACUGCAGAAAAGUAUCUAGGACAGCUUUUUAUGUAACAUUACAGCUGACUUUUUUAAGACACAUGCACGGCUUUCUUAAGAAUGCUCUCAGUUUGGUGUAGUACUAAAAUUGCAUGAUAUACUGUGACCGGGCCCUUAUAGAGUACCAAACAUUGAGAGAGUCUAUAGCCUAUAGUUUUGUCUGUAUGCAUUGAGAUUGGCUCAUUGAGUAUAUGAAUGAGUUGUGCCAAUUGUACCAUGAGUAUUUCUAUGGGAGCUUACUUAACUUUUAAGUACUCUCUCCUCUUCAAAUAAUCAUGUGCCAUUUUGGUAUGUUAUAUGUUUGAGGGUUGUAAAAUACAAGAUGUAGUAUCUAUUUAUCAUACUGUACAUGCAAUAAAAAACUGUUGAUGCAGGUGUGCGCCAAAAAUUUCAUAAGAGACAAAAACAUUGUGUAAUUGCCAGGAACAUUGGGGUGGAUGUUAGCAAAUGUUUCCAAAAUACUCAAUGUUGAGAUUGUAAUAGUGAAGCUGAGAUUCAAAUGUGAGUU